AUGCAACCAAUAAUGAAACAAUCUUCAUAGUUCAUCAUUGUGUGGUCAAAAAAAAAAAAAUAAGUCUCCAAAUUCUUUCACUGUUUCACUCUCUUCACUCAAACUAGUCACGUAACUCUACAACACACACCAAACAAAAUGGAAAAUGGUUUGUUGAAGGAAAAUGGAUUGAAGCCAAUGGACUCUGAGCAACUCAGAGAAUAUGGACACAAGAUGGUAGAUUUCAUUGCUGAUUACUACAAAUCCAUUGAGAAUUUCCCAGUUCUCAGCCAAGUUCAGCCUGGGUAUUUACAUGAACUAAUACCAGAUUCUGCUCCAAUACACCCUGAUUCUAUACAACAUGUUUUUGAUGACAUACAGAAUCAAAUAUUACCUGGGGUGACUCAUUGGCAGAGCCCUAGUUUCUUUGCAUACUAUCCUGCCAAUAGUAGCAUUGCUGGAUUUAUUGGGGAGAUGCUUAGUUCUGGUCUUAGCAUUGUGGGUUUUAGUUGGAUUGCUUCUCCUGCAGCCACUGAACUUGAAUCAAUUGUCCUUGAUUGGCUUGCAAAAAUGUUGAAACUUCCUAAGGAGUUUCUUUCAUCAGGACAAGGUGGUGGAGUCAUUCAGGGCACAGCAAGUGAAGCUGUUCUAGUUGUACUAUUGGCUGCUCGCGAUAAGUUUUUGGGCAAGUUUGGUAAAAAUGCUCUUGGGAAACUUGUUGUUUAUGCUUCUGAUCAGACUCAUUCAGCUUUGCAAAAGGCUUGUCAGAUUGGGGGUAUUCAUCCAGAGAAUUGCAGGCUUCUAAGAACAGAUUCUUCUACUAAUUACGCCAUCUCUCCCGCUGCACUAAGUGAGGCGAUAUCAACCGAUGUUGCCAAUGGUUUAAUUCCAUUUUUCUUAUGUGCAACGGUUGGUACCACUUCAUCCACUGCAGUUGAUCCUUUAACAGAUUUAGCAAAGAUUACCAAGAGUUAUGGAAUUUGGCUCCAUAUCGAUGCUGCAUAUGCCGGAAGUGCUUGCAUAUGUCCCGAAUAUCGCCACUACAUCGACGGGGUUGAAGAAGCUGACUCGUUCAACAUGAAUGCACACAAAUGGCUUCUCACUAACUUUGAUUGUUCAGCACUUUGGAUUAAGGAUAGAAAUGCUUUGAUUCAAUCCUUGUCUACAAAUCCUGAAUUUCUGAAAAACAAGGCUUCUCAAGCAAACUUGGUUGUGGAUUACAAGGACUGGCAAAUACCGCUCGGACGUCGGUUUAGGUCACUUAAACUAUGGAUGGUACUUCGUCUUUAUGGUUUAGAAAACUUACAAUGCUACAUAAGAAACCAUAUCAACUUGGCUAAACACUUUGAAGACCUUGUUGUUCAAGACUCAAGAUUUGAGAUGGUAACUCCUAGAAUAUUUUCUUUGGUUUGUUUUCGGGUUCUACCGAGCUCUAAGGAUGAAGGUUUGGCCAACAAACUGAACCAUGAGCUGUUGAAUGCUGUGAACUCAUCUGGAAAAGCUUUCAUGUCUCACACAGUGUUAUCAGGCAAAUAUGUGCUACGCUUAGCUGUUGGGGCCCCAUUGACUGAAGAGAGACAUGUGAAUUUGGCUUGGAAUGUUAUACAAGAAAAAGCCUCUACCUUAUUAUCAACAACUUAAAAAUUCAAUGUUCUUGGAUCAAUGUUGAAGAAUUUAGUAAGUUUGUUUUCUAGAUUUUUAAGAGUGUUCCUUAAUUCAUAUUUCGUUAGACGACCAAUGUAGUUGUAUAUGGAUUAAUUGCGUAUGCUUUUAGGAUAGAAUGAAUGAACACCUUAUUUGAUUAGAUAAUAGAUGAUAAUCAAAGUU